UUAUUGACAAUACAGCUAGUACCUGCUCACUUCUUUGUGAGCUCUAGUCACAGCCCAGAAGCACAAAUUACACAAGCCAACUGCAGAUUGCAGAAGUGGCACAACCCUCGGGCUGCAGACAAAUCCCUCGAAUGCUUGCAGAACCUCGUAAACAAAUCCUUCCCUACAACAAAGACCGACGACUAAGCUCUCAGUAUACAAAGAGAAAGGGUCACAAAAUGGGCUUGAAUGCAUCAAUUGCACAGAAAAAUCCAGCAUUGUUAAAAGCGUUAUAAAAUAGAGUGAAAGGAGGGGCAUCGAAAAGCUACACAAGCAUUUAGGGUUUAUCAAUGGGCAGUAGCAGCGAGAAAGCUGCUCUGGUGGGGGACAUGGACGUAGAAGCCUUUAGAAGGCUAUACCCUCUGCAGUUUUAUGAGCGCUACCUCAAUGAGAGUGUUCGUCCCGAUGCCAGGCCCCUUGGAAAAGCUAGACCCACAGAACUUAAUCUAGGAGUGGUGCGCACUGCAGAUGGCUCAGCCAUGGCUAAAAUUGGCAAGACAACCAUGCUGGCUGGAGUGAAACUGGAAGUGAUGACACCUGCAGCUGAGGCCCCUGAUGAAGGUUGCAUUGUGACGGACUUUCAAAUGCCACCUAUUUGUUCUCCCCAUGUUCGACCAGGCAGAUCGGUGGACCUAGCAGCUUCUGUUUCUGAACAGUUGUCAAAUGCCUUUGCAAGUUCUGGUGUUAUUGACGUGAAGGAACUGCUGAUAUCACAUGGAAAAGCAGCUUGGAUGGCAUAUUUGGAUAUAUAUUGCCUAGAUGCAGAUGGUUCACUUUUUGAUUGCGCUUUGCUUUCAGCUAUUGGUGCCCUUGCAAACUUGUCCCUUCCGUCUGUUUCUGUGACUGAAGAUGGAAAAGUGAUUCCUGCAUCUGGAGGCACUGUUCAAGAAGUUGAAAGCAACAAGCAUGCUAAAGUUCAAGAGCAAAGGCAGAAGCUGAUGCUACAGAAUAUUCCCUUUUCUUUGACUUGUAUGCUCUAUAAGAAACAUUUAAUAGCAGACCCAACAGCAGAAGAAGAGUCUAUUCUUCAAACAAUGGUUAUAGUUGUUCUUGAUUCUUCUGGUCGCCUUGUCUCCUUUUAUAAACCUGGUGGUUCUACUCUUGCAUCUACUUCCACUGUACAGGAUUGCAUUGCACUAACAAAGUACAGAGUCAAAGAGUUGCAGAGAGUUCUUGACGAAGCCCUUUCUGAGAUGGAGUCUACUUAAUAUUUCAAUAAAUGUCCGCCCAGUUCAAACAUGUUUAAAUGAUUCUAGAAGGUUCAGGUGUUCUAAUUACCUCAUUAAGUGGCUGUCCAUAUUCAAAAGCACUGCAAACAUGUCAAAACAAAGGUAUAAGGAUUGGGCAUUAUCAUAUGGGUCGUACUGACAGAUGAGAGAUAUCCUUAUAAAUCAGCUCUGGCUUUUUACAGUCAGUAAAAUUGAAAAUUUUCCCUACUAGAAAGUAACAUAAGGGCAUUUAUCUUUAAAAGGUAUAAAAUCUGUUCUACCCAUAAGUGCGAUCAUCAAGAUUUUUGAUUAAUAUAAGGAACAAUUUUUGGAAUGCCUUACA